AUGGUAGAGCUGAUGGAAAACGAGGUAGUCAGGGCUUUCAGCACAUAUGCAGUUAUUGUUGUCGUGAAGUUGCUACUGAUGGGGCCAAUGACUGGAUACUACCGCUUCACCAGAGGGUCUUUUUCUAAUGAAGAGGAUGUGGCCAGAAAGUCUGCAGAGGAAAAGAAGAAGCUGCUGAAAACUCACCCAGAUGUAGAACGAGUUCGAAGGUGUCACCAGAAUGACCUGGAGAACAUUAUUCCCUUCGUGAUUGUCGGCCUCAUUUAUGCUCUGACUGGACCCGAGCUUUCUGUCGCUCUUCUUCACUUUCGCAUUUUCGCUGGCGCUCGGAUCUUCCACACCAUUGCCUACAUUGGCGCUCUGCCUCAGCCGAGCAGGGGUCUGUCCUGGGUGGUGGGCAUGCUGGUCACCUUCUCAAUGGCUUACAGAGUGCUCAACACAGUUCUUUUCCUGUAG